AGAUAAACGUGAUUCAUUAUCGUGUGACCACCCUUACGAUGUAUCCUGUCCCGUCUCCUCUCUAGUCCACCCGCAGCCACCACCGCAACCAUGGCACUCUCCCCCCUCCGGCUGGCUCUCUUGCUCAUUCUGAUCUGUGUAUUUGCAACGGGGGUCACGAGCCAGAAGGUGACCAUCAACCAGGUGACCACGACGUCUCUGGUGCUGAACUGGCAGAGGGAAGGGCAGUGGGCGGACGUGGGGACCUACAAAGUGGACAUCCAAGCCAACGGCCACCCCUUCUGUGAAUCGACUCAGUACUGCUUCUCCAUGGACGGCGCCUGCAGUUUUUCCACGGGAGACAAGUGUGCCAUGUUCCCGCCGUGUGCUGAUGUUGUGGUCUCGGUCAGCGGCGGCACCCAUACGGCCCCUAGCGUCAAUGUGCAGACUGCUCCCGCGGGCGUCACCGACUUGAAAGUAACGGGUUCGACACUGAAGGAAAUCACCUGGACGAACCCCAACUCCUCGUGCCUCGAUGACACGGUCGCCAACGUCACCUACGGCGGGUACUACGACUACACCGAGAUCUUGACCCCCAAUGAGACGUCCCUGUCGGUGCCGCUGUGCAACAAAGGGUCCGGGUUUGUGAGGGUGAGCGCGAGGGGAGGCGACGGAGAGAGUGAUCCGGAGUCAGCCGCCCUCAUUCGGUGGGAUGGAAAUGACGCAGUCACCAUUACGUCUUGUCCCACCGAGGGCUGCACGGACAUGACGGUUGAGUGGCAGUACGACCCAGUGUGUUCUGAGGUGACGCACUUCGAGGUCACUGCCACGCUGGGGUCCAACACCAUCGCCACCACCACCACCACGGACCUCGCCAACACCACCGCCAUCUUUGAGGACCUGGAACUCGACACGGUGUACGAGACGUGUGUUUCCGCACUUGACAAGGACGAUAAUUUGAUAGCGGCCUCCUGCACCGCCUGUGGAACCUAUCCGGAAGUGGUGGAUCAGCUAACAGUAAUGAACAUAACCGACACGACGGCGGAGCUCACGUGGGAGGCUCCUCUCUGUCAGGUUGAGGGCAAUAUCGAGUACAUUGUGUCAUACUCGGUAAUUUUUGGGAAUGCCACCACUGCCACUACCGCGACCACCACCUUCCGCUACACCGACCUCUCGCCUGCUACUAACUACACCUUCUGCGUGUUGGUGCAGCACCCCGGCGUUGUCCCUGACCACACCUCUUCCUGCACCAGCACCUCCACUCUACCCGCCGCCCUCGAAAAGAUUGACGUGAGGGUGUACGAGACCACUUCGCUCUUCAUCACUUGGCCGGGGGACAUCUUCAGGCCUAACCUCAAGUAUCUCGUGUCUUGGGGCGACGACCUCGAGCACUCAGACUACACGGAGUACAAGAGUUACACCAUCGAGGGUUACAACCAGACGGCGGGCCCCAACAAGGUGUGUGUUCAGGCUGCGCUCAAAUCUACUCCAGGCAAGAGCAGCGACAAGACGUGCCAGGAACAACCCUUUGCAGCUUUCGGAGAUCCCAAGCCAGACCAGACCGCAAUGAUCGUGUCCGUGUCUGUGUCUGCGGGUUUGGCGGUGCUGCUGUCCGUGGUGCUGCUGGUGGCGGCCAAGAGUGGGGAGAGGCACAUCAAAGACACCUCCAUGUAGGCUUUGGGUCCAUCCCCCAUGAGAGAGAGAGAGAGAGAGAGAGAGAGAGAGAGAGAGAGAGAGAGAGAACGCACAAGUCACCCUGGAACAAUCUUAUUAUUAUCUGUUCAUACCUCGACGUGUAAUAAAACUAUCUACGAAA